AUGCCGAAGGACAAAGUGUUCGGCAUCGCGCCGCAGGGAGUGCGGAAGGUGGUCAUUGCCACGAACAUCGCAGAGACUUCCGUGACGAUCGACGGAAUCCGGUUUGUCAUCGACAGUGGCAAGAUGCGAGGACCCGACAAGGGUAUUUCAGAGACUGACACGGCUACCUCAGAUGGACAGCACAGUUUGAUAUCCUACACCUGGUUCCGGCUCGAGGCUACAUAG